CUAGAGUGCUGACGUAGAUUCUUGUAUCUUCCUUUCUAGACUCUCCAUCUCUUCUCUUUUUUUUCCCCUACUCUUUUUUUUUUUUUCUUAGCAAUGUCGUUUGCCGCAAGAUUAUGGGCGCGUCGACUGGCCACCACGACCGCUCGUCCUUCCAUGUUCGCCACCGUCAAUAAGCGAGUAGCCACGCAACCCCUUCAUUGGCGCACCAUGGCGACCGCUGCCAGUCAGCAGACCGUGGCCGAUAUUCCCGUCACCACAAUCACUGAAGACAAGGAAUUCGGCAGUGUCCAGGAUGAAGACGAGAGCAAAAUGCGUAAUUUCACGGUGAACUUUGGACCUCAGCAUCCUGCUGCUCACGGUGUGUUGCGUUUGAUUCUUGAAUUGAACGGUGAAGAAAUUGUGCGCGCCGAUCCUCACGUCGGUUUGCUUCACCGUGGUACGGAAAAGUUGAUCGAGUACAAGACGUACUUGCAGGCUUUGCCUUACUUUGAUCGUCUCGAUUACGUCUCCAUGAUGACCAACGAACAAGCCUACUCGCUCGCCGUGGAGAAAUUGCUCAACAUUGAAGUCCCUGCACGUGGCAAAUACAUUCGUACCAUGUUUGGCGAAAUUACUCGUAUUCUCAAUCACAUCAUGGCCGUCAUGUCUCACGCCAUGGAUGUUGGUGCAUUGACUCCUUUCUUGUGGAUGUUCGAAGAACGUGAAAAGUUGAUGGAAUUCUACGAACGUGUCUCUGGUGCUCGUUUGCAUUCGGCUUACGUACGUCCCGGUGGUGUGUCUUUGGAUAUUCCCAUUGGCUUGUUGGACGAUGUCCAAAUGUGGGCCGAACAGUUCGCCGAUCGUAUCGAUGAAGUCGAAGAAUUGUUGACUGCUAACCGUAUCUGGAAAAUCCGUACCGAAAACGUCGGUGUCGUUACAGUAAAGGAAGCUCUUGACUGGGGUUUCUCCGGUGUCAUGGUUCGUGGUUCGGGUUUGAAGUGGGAUAUCCGUAAGCAAGCUCCCUAUGAUGCUUACGGUGAUAUGGAAUUCGAUGUCCCCGUCGGUCAAAACGGUGAUUGUUACGAUCGUUACUUGUGCCGUAUCGAAGAAAUGCGUCAAUCGCUCCGUAUCAUCCAUCAGUGUGUGAACAAAAUGCCUGAAGGUCCCGUCAAGGUUGACGACUGGAAGAUUGCUCCUCCCCCACGUGCUGCCAUGAAGGAAAACAUGGAAGCUUUGAUUCAUCACUUCAAGUUAUACUCUGAAGGUUACUCGGUUCCUGCUGGCGAAACCUACACCGUCAUUGAAGCCCCCAAGGGUGAAUUCGGUGUCUUCCUCGUCUCUGACGGUUCCAACCGACCCUAUCGAUGCAAGAUCAAGGCUCCUGGUUUCGCACAUUUGCAAGGUUCCGACUUCAUGUCCCGUGGUCACUUGCUUCCUGACAUGGUCACCCUCAUUGGUACCAUGGAUAUUGUGUUUGGUGAAGUCGACCGAUAAAUUUUCAUAACAAAACAGUGAAUAGAUCCCCCUGUAUAACUUUUUUAAAAAAAUAAAAAUGAAAAACAAAAGAGCAGUUGUCAUUAGAUCUUCAUCC